GGAAGGUGAGUACCAACUGCAGCCGCCUGACCGCUCUUGACAGAGCGCUCAGGCGGCUGCACAGAGCGCUCAGGCGGCUGCAGAAUUUAAAGGGCCGGCGUAUAACACGCACCCACGAUUUCUCCCCUAUUUUCAGGGAGAAAAAGUGCGUGUUAUACGCCGAUAAAUACGGUAUAUAUAUAUAUAUACAAAUAUAUAUAUAUAUAUAUAUAUAUAUAUAUACACACACAAACAUUCCAGAGUGCGUUAUAAUAUUAUAAAAUGGAAAUUUAACAAUAGAUGAAACAAUUACAAAAUGUUAUAGGAACUAUAGGUGGAUGAGAACCCUGCUCAAAGAAGUUACAAUCUAGAAAAAACAGAGCUGGACAACAAACUGGAUGUCAGACCAGGAACUGAUAUAGGAAAUAUUAAUUAACCUUAAAGGACCACUAUAGUGCCAGGAAAACAUACUCGUUUUCCUGGCACUAUAGUGCCCUGAGGGUGCCCCCACCCUCAGGGUCCCACUCCCGCCGGGCUGGAUGGAGAGGAAGGGGUUAAACGUACCUCUUUCUCCAGCGCCGGGCGGGGAGCUCUCCGCCUCCUCUCCUCCUCUUCGGCUGAAUGCGCGGCAAGAGCCGCGCUCGCAUUCAGCCAGUUCGUAGGAAAGCAUUCACAAUGCUUUCCUAUGGACGCAAGCAUCUUCUCAGUGUGAAAAUCACAGUGAGAAGCGCGGAAGCCCUCUAGCGGCUGUCAAUGAGACAGCCACUAGAGGCUGGAUUAACCCAUAGGUAAACAUAGCAGUUUCUCUGAAACUGCUAUGUUUACAGAAAAAAAGGGUUAAUCCUAUCUGGACCUGGCACCCAGACCACUUUAUUAAGUUGAAGUGCUUUGGGUGCCUGUAGUGGUCCUUUAAGGACGACCAGCGUGUUAUAUAAUAUAUAUAUAUAAAACUAAGAGGACUCCCCUCACCUGAGGGUGCAGCUGGGGCCAAUUCAUACAACAUGCAAUAUCCAGUGCACUUACUCAAUUCACUAAACAGCAAUUUCAAGUCUUACAGAAUGUAAUAGUUUUAUUUUAAAAGACCUGCCAAGAAUGUGGUACUUUGAAGUUGAUACGGAUAUAAAGUUACCCAAAGAUUUGUUCAGGUGAAACCAAAUUGUUAUAUGUUCGAGCCGCUCGGGGAAGCAAUCAAAUCAGACCAGGCAGUUUGUGAAUCAAAGAUUACUUCCUCUUUUAUGGAAGUGCAUUCAGACUAUAUAGUACUUUGUAAAACAUCUUUGUGACUUGCAUGACAAAAACAGGAUGCUUGAAGUCACUGUGCACCAUAAAAGGAAUUUACAGAACUAAGCAUAUUUUAAUGGUUAUAUAUAAAAAUAAAAUCAUUAGGACAUAAGAAGGGGGGGCUGAGGGUGCAGCUGCAAUUGUCUCCUCAGAAACCACAGAAUGUCACAAGUCAUGAAUUUAUGCUUACUUGUCAGACACUGAAACUAGACUAAAAGUUCGAAGCAUAAAAAACAGACUGGACAUCCGGUCAUCUGCAGCUUGAGCCUGGGGUCAAGGUGCCUUCCAUCACAAAGUUGUGGAGGCUUAUGCAAUAUAUGAUCAUAUACUGUAACUAAACCCCCAUUAUUUUUUUAGUUUAGGUGAGCUAUUUUUAAAGAAAACUAUUAAAUUACUUAAAAUAGCUGUUUAGUAACUGAGUAAGUGCGCUGGAUUUUGCAUGUUGUAUACAUACAUGUAUAUGUUGUUUUUUUUUUUAUAUAAGUAUAUGAUUUUAUUAAAGGGACACUAUAGUCACCAGUGCAACUACAUGUAUUCCGGACCCUAUAGUGUUAACACGACCAUCUAACCCCCCUGGGCCCCUCAUGCCUCCAUAAAUAUAGUAAAAAUCUUACUGUAUUCAAGCCAGAAGCUGUAAAUCUGCAUGCUGUUAGACUCAGGAAAAACAAGCAGUGUGCUGACAUGUGAUAGCCUGAUCCAAUCACAGUGCUUCCCCAUAGGAUUGGCUGAGACUGACAAGGAGUCAGAUCAGGGCCAGAGCCAGCAUGAUUCAAACACAGCUCUGGUCAAUCAGCAUCUUUUCAUAGAGAUGAAUUGAAUCAAUUCAUCUCUAUGAGGAAAGUUCAGUGUCUGCAUGCAGAGGAAGGAGAUACUGAAUCACAGGAUGCUCGUGCACAGCAGAUCUGAGUGGUCCACUCCGAGUGACUGCAACUGGAGGUGUUCCUAGCUUUCAAUGUAAACACUGCAUUUUCUCUACAUGAGAGAGGCUGCAGGGAGCUAUAGUUCUCACCUGAACAACCUCAUUAAGCUGAAGUUGUUCAGGUGACUAUAAUGUCCCUUUAAAUUAUAUAUUGUGGGACCUUCCUGAGAACCCAGGCAGAAAUACCAGAGAAUUUAAAAGCCCUAUGUUUGACUCUGUAACAUCCAAAACCCCAUAAAACCUGUACAGAUUUUACCCGUGAGAGUUCGCUGCACACAGAGUGUUUUAGAACAGUAAAACAUAUAAUGAUGAUGUAGAAUAUUGCAUAUUCUAUGUUUCUAUUGAUUAUAUAUAUGGAUGUGUGGAUUGACAUAAGUAACAGAUGGUAUCAAUAAGUCACAAGGCUUUCUUUGUCCGAGAGCUCUGGAAUGUGGAUGUGGGGGUUUUGUCCUUAUAUGGCUAGAGUUAUAUGCUGACGUUAGUAUUAGCACUUCUAUAUAGUAACAGAGGGACACGAGGUCUCGCAGUCUAGUCACUCUUGGCUUGGCUCUGUACAACGAUGUAACUCUCCCAUCAGAAGUCCAGCAAUUACCAUCUGCUGUUGAAUGUCCAUUAUCCUGUAACAUCCUAUAUUAUGUUUUAUGUAUCCGUAACUAAGAAUAAACCUGAAGAAACCGUAAGUCAGAUUGCGUAUUACUACUUUUCAAUAAUAUAGACAUAUAUUAUUGUGGCGAGCAUUUGGCCCAAGAAUAUAUAUACAAAAGACGUAUAUAUAUCAAUCAACUGAAGACAAGAAGAAAUUAAGAAAGAGUCUACAUGAACAUCCAUUCACCAUCCAUUCAUCUAGUUUUUUACAUUGGCUAGCCUGCCAGUCUUCUAUUCAAGUUUUGUUCCCACUUCAAGGGGGGAGAGAGAAGAAUCGAGUUACAAAGCUAUUUUGGAACUGGGAAAACAAACUUGAAGAGAAAAAAAAGAAUCUAGACUGACUGUCAUAGAAGAACUGUGUUUGUAAGAAAAAGAAAGUUUUCAAAUCAAAGACUGUACAAGACUAUUUUCUACAACUGAGACAAAAAGCACAAGAUACAACGUGAAUUCUAGAAGCAAGCACGUGGCAGACAUUGGCAAGCGUCCAAGCAAAGAACUGCGCAGCUGUGUGGAUGAAGCAACGAAAUAGACAGAAAUAACUGAUCUGGUAAAGCGUGACAGAUCCUUGUGGCAAUAAAUCAGGAAAGCAUUCCUUUAGACAACUGGACAUCGACUGUUGGAAAGAGACUUUUCAUCUGAUCUGCAAACUUUGAUGGAAGAUUCUACAGAGUUCAUUCGAUACAGAAGAUUAACAGACUUACAAAGAAAUAAAAGAUUGACACUAACAUACAUAUAUAUUCCUAAAUAUUAAUGAAGAAAACAGACAAUGAAAAGUUAUUUAACAGUUAUGAGUAUUAAUACCAAAAGAGACUACUUAUAGCUAGAUAACACAUGGAGUACAAUUACGAAAAGAUAGUAUUAUGAAAAGAACUAUUACAUUAUUACCUAUACAUAAAAUGAGAAGUAUCAGAGGUUGAUAAAAUAUGAAGUUGAUAAAAUAAGGAUCAUGGUUACUUAAUACCACAAAGAUUGAGUUCAAUAGUAUUUCAUAGAUUAACUAUAAUGAGUAAUUUGUUUAUUAUCGAGGUAAAGUAAAACAAACAAUGGUAACAUAAGGAAGAAAACGAAGGAAGAAUAAUUUAUAUUGAUUUAUAUUAAGUAAUUAUAUACAUUAAGAAAGCCUUGGAUAUAAGAGUUCAGAGAUCCAAGAGGAAUUGAAUUGAAUGGAAAGAGUAUAGUACACAAUUAUAUUUGACCUAAGUCUAUAAAGGUAUGGACUAGGGAGAAUAGGUUUCUGGAUAUGACGAUAUCCAAUGAAUAAGUUGUUGUAAGUGAUUUUAUGAUUUCCCUAAGUUUGUUAGACACGGACUAGGAAUAAGAGUUUCUGGGCAGUAUGAUCCCAAGUUUAUUUUUGUUUAUUUUAUUUUAGUCAGUUGAAGUGUACUAAGGAAUAUGGAUUGGUCAGAACAUUAGGACAAUCCUGCUUUUAAGAUGUAUUACAUUAAUAAGUCAUCACAAUGCUAAUGAAGAGAGUGAUGCUAAUGAAUUUAAAUUGUUCUUUCCAAGUUCUUUUAAAGUAAACUAUGUUUCUAUUGAAUUUAAAGUUUGUUACUACAAGGUGGAAUUUUAGUGAAAAUUAGAAUUAUGUAAACAAAAACAAAUCUAUGAUAGAAAGAUUUCUGGGUGGAGAAUUUCUAGGACAAUAAGUAUUGUCAACACCAUGAACAUUAUUUGAAGAAUUAUUAUAGAACUUCAUGGUUGAUAACACAUCUUUUGAAUGAGACUUAUAAGUAGUGUUGAUAUAUUUCAGGUAGUUAGAGCCUACUGAAUAUACAAAUUAAAUACUAUGAUUGUAAAGUACUGGUACAAUCAUCACUAGGUGGUAUUAAUGGUAUAGGAAUGCAAUUCUUGAAUACAAAUGACCUAAAGAUUUUAAAGUUGCUAGAAACCAUAUGAUUCAUGGAAAUAUAAGUGCACGGAUAUACAAGCAAUACAUGUAUUAGUACUUUAGUAAUAUCAGGUAUUGAGAAUUAAAAUACUUUGUUAUAUGUGUCUUUAUUAGGAAUAUGGUAGUGAUACACAGUUAUUAUCUAGAAAGUUAUCAUCUUAAUUUUGUUAUCUACAAAGAUAUGACUGUACCUGAGCAGGUAGAUCUUUCUCAUUGCUUUACAUUGUUUAUUGGAUCAACAUUUGUAAAUAUUUUAUUUUAUUCAUUUAUCAUUGUUAUAUAUAUGUACAUAUUAUGUUCAAGUAGUUAUGAUGUAACAUGGAUAUGGAUAUCAAUACAUAGCUGAAACAGAGGAGUUUUAAAGUAAAGUAAGCAGUAUGAGGAAUAGAAACUCGAUCUUCUAAGAACUCUCAUAUAAUAGAAAGUUGUGACUACAUUCUGUUCUAUGCUCAAUGAAUGUGAUACAAGUGAUGUAUGAAUGGACAGGUUAAUUACAUUGUGUUAUGGUUUUAAAACAAACCAUAAACAGAGGGAAUGUAGAAUAUUGCAUAUUCUAUGUUUCUAUUGAUUAUAUAUAUGGAUGUGUGGAUUGACAUAAGUAACAGAUGGUAUCAAUAAGUCACAAGGCUUUCUUUGUCCGAGAGCUCUGGAAUGUGGAUGUGGGGGUUUUGUCCUUAUAUGGCUAGAGUUAUAUGCUGACGUUAGUAUUAGCACUUCUAUAUAGUAACAGAGGGACACGAGGUCUCGCAGUCUAGUCACUCUUGGCUUGGCUCUGUACAACGAUGUAACUCUCCCAUCAGAAGUCCAGCAAUUACCAUCUGCUGUUGAAUGUCCAUUAUCCUGUAACAUCCUAUAUUAUGUUUUAUGUAUCCGUAACUAAGAAUAAACCUGAAGAAACCGUAAGUCAGAUUGCGUAUUACUACUUUUCAAUAAUAUAGACAUAUAUUAUUGUGGCGAGCAUUUGGCCCAAGAAUAUAUAUACAAAAGACGUAUAUAUAUCAAUCAACUGAAGACAAGAAGAAAUUAAGAAAGAGUCUACAUGAACAUCCAUUCACCAUCCAUUCAUCUAGUUUUUUACAGAUGAUGAUGAUGAUAUCAUCAGUAAUCGAGCAGUCUUUGUGUGAAAAGUGCAAAAAUCAAUUAUGAACACUAAUUCUGGCCAGUGUUUGUGACUAAGUGACUCCUAAAAAAAACUGGACACACCCCAUUUUGAAUACCCUGGAUUUCCUAUUUUUGCAAAUGGUAUGCCAUGACAGGGUUAAUUUUCAUUCCUGGGCUGCCAUAAGGUCUCAAAAGCAACAAAGGCCCAGCAAACCAAUCUGUCAAAUCUCAACAAGCAAAAGCUGAAACUGAUAAGCUCUUUAUUUGACCAUGUAACUAUCCAAAAACCAUGAAACCUGUACAUGGUGGGUGUUGUUAUACUCUUGGGUAAUGAUGUCCCGAACGGUUCGCCACGGACUCAUCACUGAGUAAACUUUGACCCUGUACCUCACAGUCAUCAGACUCAUUCCAGCCAAUCAGCAGCAGACCCUCCCUCCCAGACCCUCCUGGACAGCUCACUAAGAAUGCAGCUUCACAAUGAAUGUAAAAUGGAUGCUGUCCAGGAGGUGGGAGGGUCUGGGAGGGAGGGUCUGCUGCUGAUUGGCUGGAAUGUGUCCGCUGACUGUGAGGUACAGGGUCAAAGUUUACUCAAUGAUGAGUCCGCGGCGAAUCGUUCGGCGAACCGUUCGGGACAUCACUACUCUUGGGAUAUCACAGCAUACAAAUAUGUAUGUUUUACUGCAGUGAAAGCUAAGAGGAUUAUGUCCUUCACAGUUAAAAUACCACACAGAACUUGGAAAAUAAAAAUUCCUAAUUUUUCACAUAUAUUUUUUCUUAUUCAUGUUUAAUUAUGUUUUAUAUAUAAAUAUUUGAUUUAAAAUGAAAGUCCUGUUUCUCCUGAACAAAAUGUUAUAUAAUGGUGGUGACACUUAAUAUGAAAGAGUAAAAUUUUGGUUUAAUAGAUAUAGCUCAAAUUCUAGAUUUUGUUUUGACAGAACUUGUACAAUUGCUUACAUCCUUAAGGGGUUAAAGGACCACUCUAGGCACCCAGACCACUUCAGCUUAAUGAAGUAGUCUGGGUGCCAGGUCCUUCUAGGGUUAACCCAUUUUUUCAUAAACAUAUGUUUAUCAAUGGGUUAAGCGUUCCCCCAUUCCCUCUAGUGGCUGUCUCAUUGACAGCCACUAGAGGCGCUUGCGUGCUUCUCACUGUGAUUUUCACAGUGAGAGCAUGCCAGCGUCCAUAGGAAAGCAUUGAGAAUGCUUUCCUAUGUGACCGGCUGAAUGCGCGCGCAGCUCUUGCCGCGCAUGCGCAUUCAGCCGACGGGGCGGAUCGGAGGAGGAGAGGAGGCAGAGAGCUCUCCGCCCAGCGCUGGAAAAAGGUAAGAUUUAACCUCUUUCCCCCAUCCAGAGCCGGGCGGGAGGGGGUCCCUGAGGGUGGGGGCACCCUCAGGGCACUAUAGUGCCAGGAAAACGAGUAUGUUUUCCUGGCACUAUAGUGGUCCUUUAAUUUGCAGUAAAAAGAGUGUUUUAAAAUAAGUUCAUAAAAUAAUAACAAAAUGGGAGCAUGACUACAAUUAGUCACAGCAGAUGUGACAUCACUAUAUACAGUGACAGCACUUGCCAGAUUGUGAAGCAUUUAAUACUCACUAGCUAUCAAUUUAGACCUUAAGAAAUAUCAUUUUUACCUAAAUGUGUAGCAUUCAUAUUAAUGGAACACUAUAGUGUUAGGCAGGGCCGCCAUCAGGGCAUGACAACCGUGCCAGGCGGUCCUGGGGGCCCCGGACUGCUCAGGUCGUCCGGGCCCCACAUUCAGUGGUGUACAUACCGGGUCGCAGGUGGCUCUGCGACCCGGUAUGUACCCACUGGGCCAGCCUCUUCUCCUGGGGGGCCCAGCAGGCGGUCACCUCAGGGCCCCCCUGAGACUGGCCCUGCUGACACCCGGCGGGCGGGCGUGCGAAGGAGCACUCUCCCUGGCUGAGUGCUUCCUCUUCGGUUCCCUCGCGCACCGCACUGAUGCCAGAGCCGGAAGAUGACGUCAUCUUCCGGCGCUGGCAUCAGUAUGCGGCGCGCGAGGGAGCUGAAGAGGAAGUACUCAGCCAGGGAGAGUGCUCCCUCGCGUGCCCGCCCACAAGACCGGCCGCCGGGUGACAACACUGGACCCCUUGUAGAGCUUGUAGAGACUGGGAGAGGUUCCUACCUCACCUCCUCUUUGCUUAUGUGGUGGCUAGUUGUACCAACGGGCCGCUCAGGUACACUUUCAACGUAAAUAUGUUGAAAGUGUACCAUGAGAGCAGGGGACGUGGCCGCAGUAUGUGCCCUCCCCUCCCCUCAGAUGACCCAGAUAGCCUACCCCUUCCUAACCUCCUGGGAAAAGGGAAACCUGAGGGAGACCUUUAGCAAGUGCAGUUAGGGGAAGGGUUAAACCCCCGAGAAAAAGGGCAAGCCAGACAGUUAUUGGUCGAAAAGAGACUUUUUCCCAGAACCCCGGGUAAACCCAGAUAGUGGUCCACAAGGUAGAAACCUCAGGGAAGGCCCCCCUUAGGCAGUCCCCUUACCGCAUUCCCGAGACAGUCCGGGAAGGGACACAUAAAAACAAUUCUGUGUAGACUACCGGCAUCUUAACAACAAAUCUGUGACAGAUGCCUAUCCAAUGUACAGAGUAAAUUAGCUAUUGGACCGUAUUGCCAGGGGACGAUAUCUGACCACUAUCGACUAUCGUAUCGGUACUGGCAGACUCCCCUGGCCGAGGAGGCUAUCCCCAAGUCGGCCUUCGUCACCUAAUUGAAGGGUUUAUAGAGGAGAGAAAGAGGCAUGAAAUGACACCUAGAACUUGGGGGAGCUCCUUGCAUUUGCGGAAAGCGCUGCGUUUGAAGGUGACCGUGAAAUUCUACCCAGCCCGCUGGAACUCUCUGCCGUAUCAGUGGCUAGCAGCGUCCCACUGAACUUUGGACUUCCACCUAAUUCGGGCUAGCCAGAUCCGAUCCGGGCGCUUUUUAGACAGAUUGUGCGCUCCAGAAAGACCUUUCCGGGGAUUUAUGGCAUGUGGGGGUGUGUUACUGCAUAGUAUGUAUUCAUUUUUUUUUUUAUAUAUGUUCGGCUUUUUGUGUCUGGCAGAUAAUUAGUUUAUCCGAGAGUUGACACAAUUAUCUCCCAGACACAGCGAUGUCUGGGCGGGCAUUCAAGUAGCUGGAGGUGCCAUCCACCUGUUACCUACUACCCGGGUUUUUCUAGAUGGAGACCCCCUGCUGGGGGUCUCUGUAUAAAUUCAGUGUACCUUGCCUUAAUAAACCAGUUCUUCUUCACCCUUCACUAAGUCUAGACUAGUGCUUGGGUGAGAACAUGUUAGCCUGUGCAGGCGGCUAUAAUUAAUCUGGAGCAAUUCACAACUUGGAACGGGUGAACUAGGCGGUAGUAACCCAUCUUCUGGAGGGUAUACUGCCACACACAUGAAUGUCAAGACCCAAGAUUUCCAGGAGAAUAUUGCCCAAAGUAUAACACUGCCUUCUUCACAAUACUGCAUCCUGCUGCCAUCUCUUCCCCAGGUAAACGACCCACAUGCACCCGAUCAUCCACCUUAUCUAAAAGAAAACAUGAUUCACCAGACCAGGCAAGCUCAUUCAAUUGCUCUGCGGUCCAGUUCUGAAACUCACAUAAACAUUGAAGGUGUUUUUGGCUGUGGACAGGUGUCAUCAAGGGCACUGUGGCCGGUCUGUGGCUAUGCACCCCUAUACACAGCAAACUGCAAUGCACUGUGUGUUCUGACACUAUCAUGGUCAGCAUUAAGUUUUUCAGCAAUUUGAGCUAUAGUAGAUUUUCGGUAUGAUAAGACCAGAAGGGUUAGUCUUUGCUCCCCACAUGCAUCAAUGAAGUUUGGUUGCCCAUGACCCUGGCGCAGUUCAUUGGUUGCCCUUCCUUGCACCACUUUUGGUAGGUACUAACCACUGCAUUCCGGUAACACCCCACAAGACUUUGGAGAUGCUGACCCAAGUCAUCUAACCAUCUCUAUUUGGUCCUUGUUAAAGUCACACACAUCUUUUUGUUGCCCAUUUUUCUUGCUUCCAACACAUGAAAUUCAAGAAAUGACUGUUCACUUGCUCUCUUGUAUAUCCUAGUCAUUGACUGGUGCCAUUGUAAGGAUAUAAUCAAUGUUAUUUACUUCACUAUAAGUGGUUUUAAUGCCAUGGCUGAUAAGUGUAUAUUAAUAUACAAUGAUCAGCCACAACAUUAAAACCACUGACAGGUGGUUUUAAUGUAUUUUGACAUAAUUAAGUAAUUUUAUUAAUUACAAUUUGAGGGACUUGUCGGACAACCCAGACAGAAAGUCCAGAGAAUGUAUUUUUCCCUAUAUUUAACCCUGUAACUCUCCAAAACACCAUAAAACCUGUACAUGGGGGGUACUGUUGUACUCAGGACAUGCUGUACCUCCCAUGAGGCUAACAAGGCAUUUGCAUUAGGCAGGACCUUCAUGGGACGGAAUAAAAAAUGCUGCCCUCCCAAGCACCCCGGCAGAUGCCUUGCUAUCCUCUUUAAAGGGUGUGUGAGGGGUGGUCUGUGUGUGUGUCUGUGAGUGAAGGGGGUGCUGUGUGUGUGAGGAGUGCAGUGUGUGUGUGGAGAAUGCAGUAUGUGUGUGUGAGGGUGCACAGUGUGUGGAGGAUGCAAUGUGUUUGGGGGAAGUGUGUGUAUGGGGUUCAGUGUGUGGGGGGGGGAGGGAGCAAAUUUUUUAAUAUAUUUAUAUAUAUAUAUAUAUAUUUUAUUUUAUUUUUUAUUUUUUUACCUUUAAAAUGGUAGCGCACAGCAUUGCUCCGACCUGCCUGCUCAUGGGAGGAGCGUUCUGCCUCACAGGAUUUAGCUCCCUACCUCCAUCUGUAGCAGCAAACAGCCUUUGGACCGGUGAGGGAGAUCUUUGAUCUCCCCAUUGGCCCGUGAAGGCAGAUAGCGGGGCCUGCUCUGCAUGGCGGCGGCAUGGGAGAUGAAACUACCCAGCGUGCCCAUGGGGAAAGGCGGCCUUCAGUGCGUGCCUGUUACUGAGUUAGUGUGUCAGUUUGUGUCUGUCAGUCAAAGUGUGUGUUAGUCUUAAACAGGAAGAGAUGUGGCCUUGACAGUAAAGGAUGGGGCAAAUUUAGAUUAGGGGGUAAACUAAAACCGGAAUCUCCUUUUGAGAGAAAGUGUGUUACAACAGAUGUGUUAGUGAUAAGGUAUAAAGCCAUGACUUUAAGGCUCUGGAAAAGGUGAGCAUAAUGCCUAUUUAUAUUCUAUCCAAGAUAUCCUUGAACUAAUUAUACUACACAUUGGAUGUUCCUAUUGUUUUUAUUUUCCCGGAGAAAAAUUUCAACAGGAAACAGUGGUGGGAUGCUGCCCUAAAAAACAUACCAGUCCAGUUUACAAAGCCAAUAAUAUAGGCUCUUGAAAAUGUGAGUAAUCCAUUUAUCUACCUCACCUAAAUUGCACAAGUGUUUUACAAUCUGCACUAUAUCAACAUUUAUAGCGCUCCACUUGAGGUAUAUAUAUAUUAUAUAGAAACUUUCUUUCUUACAUUAAGGGGUUCCUGAGUUUCGUCAUGCCUAGGGCAGCACAAAUCCAAAAUACAACCAAAAUAACCAAUCUGACAAAUUUUAAUGAGUAAAAACUGAAAAAUGGAAAGCCCUAUAUUUGACCCUGUAAGUUUCCAAAACCACAUAAAAUCUGUACAUGGGGGGUACUGUUGUACUAAUGAGACAUGGCUGAACACAAAUAUGAGAUACAUUGAGGGUUUGGGGAGGGGGAUGAGACACAUGUAGGGACUGGGAGUAACGGAAUGAGACACAUGGAGAGGCUGGGGGGAAUGAGAUACAUGGAGAUACUGUGUCACAUAUUCAUCCGCAUAUAAAAAUGUGAUUAAUGACAUUUACUGUUCUGACAGGAAAAGUUGUGCCGAGCAACAUUACUGUCCUGACAGGAAAAGUUGUGCCGAGCAGCAAUCAAAUCCACAGGAGGGUUUGUGCUGAGCAGCAAUUAUGCAAAUGGAAACCUGGUAACUGCCUUUGGGGUCAAAGGCCGAUUACAGCCUAUCAGAUCCAGAGGAGGGGUAUUUAGACCCAGUUCUCAUCCUGCUCAGUGCCCUGUUGUGGUUGUCUGAGAGCGCGUUAUUUAUUCUGGUAUUUUAAAUUUGGCAUUGGUUUUGACUUCCCUGUUUUCUGGCAUCCCUGACCCCUGGCUUUUCCUUAUCGUUGUGUCUAUUUCUGUGUCCCUUGAACUCGGCUAUUCCUGGCUAUUCUUUGGUACGUUAGUCCGGCCAUUCUAAGGUCCGGUAUACGUUACCUAUCAGUUCUCUGUGUUACACAAUUCUACGUGCUGGAUCAUACUGUAAUCCUCACGGGGGGAGGAAUAAGAUGCUGCAGAAUUUAUAUAUAAAUAAUAAUAAUAAUAAUGGAGGUGCCGGCGGGAAAUGACACGUGGAAGGGCUGUCCCUCAGUACUGGCUUGGGCUCCAUCUUAGCUCCUGCCUCGCCGACGUCAGUUGUCGGGGAAGACCUAAUGCACAUGCAUUGCACUUUCUAGUUGAUGUACCAACUUUUACUAAUGAGUUGAAAUGUCAGCACUAAUAUGGAAAUGCUCUUCAACUUUAUUUAGCUUGGGAAUAUUAAUUAUCAGAUACUACUCGAGUUUUCUAUUAUGUGGUUGGAAACCAGGGAUUAUGAUGAAUACUCCAUCUCUGGUUUUCCAUUUAAUUUUAUCACUUUGCCCCUUGUGAGUGUAUUAUAUACAGGUGAUACUCAAAAAAUGUUAAUAUUGUGCAAAAGUUCAUUUAUUUCAGUAAUGCAACGUAAAAGGGGAAACUAAUAUAUGAGAUAGACGCAUUACAUGCAAAGCAAGAUAGUUCAAGCCGUGAUUUGUCAUAAGUGCGAUAAAUAUGGCUUACAGCUCAUGAAAACCCCAAAUUCACAAUCUCAGUAAAUUAGAAUAUUGUGAAAAGGUGCAAUAUUCUAGGCUCACAGUGUCCCACUCUAAUCAGCUAAGUAAGCCAUAACACCUGCAGAGGGUUUCUGAGCCUUUAAAUGGUCUCUCCGUCUGACAUCAGCUCCCCCGUCCGACGUCACUGGAGCCGAAUGCGCAUCAAGUGCGCGCAUUCAAAGUGUCCAUAGGAAAGCAUUUCUCAAUGCUUUCCUAUGGACACUCUGCGCGAUGGAGGCGAAACUCACCUCCAGCGUCGCGGAUGCGCCUCUAGUGGCUGUCCGGAAGACAGCCACUAGAGGCUGGAUUAUCCCCAAAUGUAAACAUAGCAGUUUCUCUGAAACUGUUACGUUUACAUGUGAAGGGUUAAAACCUGAGGGACCUGGCACCCAGACCACUUCAUUGAGCUGAAGUGGUCUGGGUGACUAUAGUGUCCCUUUUAAUUACUCUUAUUUUUAUGUUUUAUGUGACCUAAUAUAUUUUAGUUGUUUCUUGAUGGAGGUUGUAGGCAAGGUACGUACCUUCUUUUUUUACCAAUGGGGAGCUACGGAUUGGCUUAGGGCAUCACAUGACGGCUCUAUGUCAAGCCACCUGGUGGUGUCACUGCCCAAGCCUGCCAUUAUCCGGGACUUCCCGUAGUGGAAGGACAGGGGGGUGGCAGAACAAUUUAGCGUUAGAGCACACACUGUGGUGUUAAACCGUUCAUGAACAGUUUAACCCCUAAAGGUGAGCCAGCACCAGGGACCUCAUUGUACUAAAACAACUUAAUUUCACUGAAGUUGUUAAGGUGCCCAAACUGAUCCUUUAAGCCACAUUUUAUCAGUUUCAGACAUUAAACUAAAGUCUGCAAGCAUCCCCUGGCACCAUAACUACUUAAACAUGCUGAAAUAGUUAUAUAAUAUCAAAUCUUAGGCCAGACUACAUAAAUGCAGUGAAAGACUAAUUUUAAAAUUCAGGCAUUUGACAAAACUAUCCAGCCGACUUUAAGUAUUAUUUAUUUAUUUUCAAUUAGACUACUGUGGCCUAAAAUGUUAAAUUCCCAUUAAUAACCUAGCUUGCUAUUUUCCUUUCUAUUUGCCAUGUUUAGGAUGGUAGGCAUGUCUCCUUUGUUGUAUUUAUUGUCAGUCCUGUUUAACACGAGGUAAAGGGCAGGAGGUGUCCCUCUCAUGUACCCAUCCUUGAAUCAUUUCUUUACACCCUGUGGAGAGGACUCAGUUUACCUUGGUGCGGGUCACUGAGCACGGUCCCCAUAUAGCAUGCCUCGGCCGCCAUUUGCUGAGCCCUCCUGCCCGAAGCUGCUAUAAGAAAGCCCAGACUGUAUAGGAGAGAGCUCUCUGAGGUAAAGUGAGACUGAGCUGUGACCGUUAUUCGGUAUGGCACGAGCGCCCCCAUCAGGCACGAGACACAUGAGGAGCCCCCCCUCCACAAAAAAAUGACCAUUAAAUUUAGCAUAAUGACCAUUAAUAAGUGGACAUAUGAUUGGUAAUAUAUGAUGAUGAAUUCGAGACAGUGGACUAAAUCAACUCUUACAAUUAGAAUAAAUAGAUUUAUUUAAAAAAAAAAAACAGAUCAAAUUUCUGAUAAAUAUGAGGUGAUUUCUAAAUACCUGGUCAUGUUUGGCUUAGUGUCAUGGGAGUUGUAAUCUAAGUUUACCAUGAGAAUCCAAGCGAAGGAAACCCUCACAGAAAUAAAAAUUUUUUUUUAAAAAAUAUCCUGAAUGGGUCAAUAAGGCAAUGUUUAAUAGAAAAAAACUAAAAGCGCAAUAAAUAUGCUUCCAUAAUAGUCAGUUAAUAAAAAAUUUUUUAAAAAUGCACAGAUGAGCAUCCUGUCUUUCUUAUCGUAUACGGUAUUAAAUUAAUUAAUAGGUUUGCACAAUACCUGCCUUCCCAGUGGCGUAUAAAAAAAAAACGGUCCAUAUUAAAGACACAGUAGAAUUGAUAUUAAAUUGCACAGUCAAAUAUGGCAAGGCUCGCUACGAACGAAACCAAUGGCUUACAAUCUACAUGUUUUGUACUAAUAAGCACUUUAAAAAGAGUCCAGAUCAGGCUUCCCCAAACUCCGGCCCUCCACAUGUUGCUGAACUACAACUCCCAUGAUUCUCAGCCUAUCUAUUUCAUUCAUAGAAUCAUGGGAGUUGUAGUUCAGCAACAUCUGGAGGGCCGUUGUUUGGGGGAAGCCUGGUCUAGAUUACAGGGGUAUGUAACCUUCGGACUUCCAGAUGUUGUGGACAUCUACCAGAGUGCUCUUACAACCAUAAUGCUGGCCAAGCAUCAGGGGAAAAAUAAUCCACAACAUCUGCCGUGCCAAAGGUUUCCUACUUCUGGUCUAGAACGUAAGCCACUGGUCUGUUUUGCUCUAUAUUUUUAUAUGCUGUAUGCACUGGCGGAUCCGGGGGGGGGCAACGGGGCAAUUGCCCCCCCAGAAAUCCGCCGGUCUCCCUCCCCUGCCAGCACAUGCAGGCGCUAGCCCUGCAAUGUGCCUGUGGACCGGAGGGGAGAUCAGAGAUCUCCCUCCCCGGUCCGCAGGCACUGUGCUGGCGGCCGGCAGGGGAGGGAGAGGGAGGACCCGGGAGCUCAGUCUGCAGCUCCUCCGGGUCCUCCUCUCGUGAGAUUUGGAGCGUUGCCGCGGUUACCACGGCAACGCUCCAAAUCUCGCGAGAGUGAACUCUAGCCCGGGAGCGCGGGCUAGAGUUCACUGUAACCACUGGGACCACCAGGGAAUCACCACUGGGACCACCAGGGAUGAAAAUAUGUCCCCCCUCCUCCUCAAUAAAGGUAAGAAGGGAGGGGGGACAUAGAAUAUUUGUUUUUUUUAAUUAAAUAAAUAAAGAUACAUAUUAUAAAAAAAAAAGCCCCCCCCUACCCUUAACACACACACAUAGCCCCCAUACUGCCCCCCAUACACACAUACUGCCCCCCCAUACACAUACUACCCCCCCAUACUGCCCCCCAUACACAUACUGCCCCCCCAUACACACCUGCCCCCCCGCCCCCCAUGCACAUACUACCCCCAGCUACUGCCCCCAUACACAUACUUUGCCCCCCCAGCGCACACAUGCUACCCCCAUGCCACAUGCUACCCCCCCUAGCCACCCACUGCCCCAGCACACAUGCCCCCAACACACACAUACUGCCCCAUACACACACACAUAUACAUUGCCCCCAUGCUUCCCCCCAUACACACAUACUGCCCCAUGCUGCCCCCCAUACACACAUGCUGCCCCCCAUACACACAUACUGCCCCAUGCACAUGCUGCCCCCCCCCAUACACAUGCUGCCCCCCCAUACAUGCUGCUUCCAGCCACAUGCACCCCCCCAUACACACAUGCUGCCCCAUACACAUGCUGCCCCCCAUACACACAUACUGCCCCCCAUGCACAUACUGCCCCCCCCCAUACACACAUACUGCCCCCCCAUGCACACAUACUGCCCUCAGCCACACACAUACUGCCCCCCAUGCACACAUACUACCCCCAUGCUGCCCCCCAGCAUACACACAUACUGCCUUUGUAAGCGCACUUUUGUACACACAUGCUUGCCCCCCCAUACACACAUGCCUUUGCAUGCGCACACCUUUACAUGCCUGGCACCUUUUGUACACAUACUUCCUUUAUACACACCAUUACCUUCCCAUACACAUACUGCCCCCAUACACAUACUGCCCCCCAUACACACAUACUGCCCCCAUACACACAUGCCCCAUACACACAUUGCCCCCAUACACAUACUGCCCCCACACAUACACUGCCCCCAUACACUGCCCCCAUACACACACAUUGCCCACAUUCACACACACACUGCAACUGUUACACACACAUACUGUCCCACACAUACACUGCAUCCCUGACAUACACUGCCCCCCCUACUCACACACUACAACCUUCACACACACACACACACACUGCUCACACACUGUCCCCCUCACACACACACACACUGCACCCCUUACACAUUGCACCACUCACACACACCACUGCUCCUAUGCCCUACUACCGCCCCAUUUCCCAGCAGACCUCAGGUAAGUUGUCAAACUGUUCUUAAACGGUUUGACUACUUACUCUAGCAGGGGGUCCCGGCACUAUUGACACCAUAACCACUACACUGAGCUAUAGUAGUUAUUGUGUCUGGAUUAUUUCUUUAAAUAAUCUACAAGUGCCCCUCCCGAGAUCAGGCUCUGGAUCCGCCACUGGCUGUAUGUCAAAGUGAUGAUUUUAAACCCAUAAGUGGGGAAUAAAAAGAAGUUAUAGGGAAAACCUGGGGAAGCGGGGAUUGAAAGGAUUUUAUGAAAUGUGUGGCGGUUUAAUGUUCCUUAGAAUCACUGUUUUCUUAAUUUUAUAUUUCAAGUGGACAGAAUAUCCUUUUUCUGUUAUCAGGAGGAGUCUCCUUACCCAUGUGGAACACUAAUGUUAAGCAGUUUGAGGUUUUUAUGGGUUUACAGAAGUUUGAUCAGAAACCUUUAAACGUUAUUAUGUAAAAAAUUGAAAUAGAGAUGAAAUUAAAACAUCGUAGAAUGUCACAGAUGACAUACGACAAGACAUACGCAGAUGAAACCAAAAUCCAAAUUUUACCCCAGAUGGAACAAGGGAGAAUUUAUGCCAGUUUAUUUCUAGAAAUGGUUUCAUAAGAAUUGGAAAAAGGUCCCAGAAAAAUAAAUGGAAUUUAAAAAAUAAUUUGAUGAAAAAGGAGAAACAAAUCAUUUUAAAUGUAUAGAGAGCAAAGUUUAGUGGUAAAAUCUCCGGACAAAGAGGGUACAGUUGUAAUUUUACACAAAUAACAAAAAUAAAUCUCAUCGUGAUUCACAAACAGAUGGGAUCACACUGGGAGAGAGCACAGUAAAGAAAAGGGGAGCGAUAAAAAUAAACUUUACUAAAUCUAACAUUAAAAUUGGGAUAGCCCAAAACAGCAAUGGUGAUAAUAGAGAGGUUCUAGGGCAGGGCGGGCAAUCAAGGAAAUACUAAUAUAGAUAAAGUAAAACCGUUCAUGAACCACUUCUCCUGGGUGGAGGGUGAGGUCCAAGUCAGAUAGUAUCUAAAAGAUUCUCAAAUAUUUACCAGUCAAAUAGGGCUAUAUAAAAACCAUUAAAAAAAAAAGUUCUGCAUAGGUCAAAUAGAGUCCCAUAGUAAAAAUGGAAUGAAAACUGUCCCUAGUUACCUCGGCACCUCACAAGGCUAGUGCCUUACCUGAACCAACAAACCCUAGAACUUCAAAAGAAACCUUAUUAACUAUAAAGUGGUCAUAGUACUACCAAAGGUGAUAAAAUAAAUAUCUUUGGUUUUGCAGUUGUAAUUAUAGCUAGAGAUAUGUGCAUACAAAAAGCAAAACAAAUUUUGGGAGAUGAAAAGGAUGAAAGAUUAAUACAAUUAUUUAUUCAUUACUUUCUCAAAGAUAGCAACUUUUACCAUUUCCGUAAAAUUAAUAAAACUUUAAAGCGGCACUGCCACCAUCUGGGGACAUUGCGAAAUUUGCAAAGACUCCUGAUGUUGACAUUGUCACUGAGGGUAUGGAGGCCAUGAGGCAGGUAAAUGGGAGUUUACUUACCUGAACAUGUCCCGUGCAUGCACAUCCAUCUUCCGGCGGGUCCUCUUCACCUCCUGAUGCUUCAGCGCCAGGAGCCAACAUCACUGCUGCACUCUCGCUCAUGCCGCGAGAGUAAAGCAUAGCAAUCUAUGAAGGACCACGUAACCUCCAUAGACAGCGCAAAUUUCCAGCAGCCGUCACUGAUGAUGGCUGGGAGGAUUGAAACUUCUAGAUGGGGAUAGCCCGCCAAGUGCCUAUAAGUGUCAGGCGUAGGAAAUAUACUGAGACAAUAGUCCUUACUGUGUCUCAGUAUAUCUCUUGACUGUUUUGGAAUUUCUUGCAGAAUUGGGCAGUGGCACCUCUGAUUCGGUGAGGCAUUCAAUGAUUGUGAGCGUAAUGAAGCAACAAAUGCAGAAUUGCAUAACACAGGAAGUCACUUGCAUUUUAAAUGCAUGGAAAUGGCGUCAUAUCUCCAAAUAUUCUAAAUUGCUGAUCCUUACGGAUGCUUAGUGCCCUUUUGUGGUCUCCAUUGCCCCAAUAGCGCAUUCCUGAUUUAUAAGUGUUUUUUUGGUAUUUUGACUUGGCCAAUCUUGAUAAUCUUGCUCUUACCCUUUGUCCUAGAUUUUCAUGUUGAUACUGUGUAUGUCUUCUGUCCUUGAUCUCGAUUUACUCUGACUAUUCCUUUAUCAUUUGCUCAUAAAAUGCAGCCACAUCUAAGGACCAAUAAUACUCUUCCUAUCCUAUUUGUACCCAUUACGUUAGGUGUUGCUUCAAGUUCUGAUUGUAAGUUACUAUCUCUUAGUGAGACAGAACCUGUCUAAGGCCAAUGCAAUGAUAUUUAUUACAAUUAUUUAUUUAGCCCCUGUAACAUACUCUAUCUCACCUUGCGGUCUCUGCAGUAAGCAUGCGUGUGUCUGCAUGACUAACACUUGCGGCAUAUUAAUGGACGCCGGCCGCUGCGGAUCCACGGCUAAUUGUACCCCCAUGUCCGCCCACAUGAUUAACGUCGGCGUGCAUAAUAUGUCAGACCAAUCUUGGCCAAUCAGAAAGGUAAAGCAGGUAUUUAAACUCAAAAUUACCUUUCCUCUUUGCUCUGUGGUGGUUUCCCUAGUGGUUGUCCGAGAGCGCGUUCCUGAACAGUUAUAUUCUGGUUUUUUACUUUGGCUUUGAUUUUGACUUCCCUGUAUUCUGGUAUCCUUGACCUCUGGCUUUCCUUUAUCGUUGUGUCCCUUUCUGUGUCCCCUGACCUCGGCUAGUAUACUGACUAUUCUUUGGCAUGUUAGUCCGGCCAUUCUAAGGCCCGGUAAAACGUUACCUAUUAGUCCUCUGUGUGACACAAUUCUACGUGCUGGAUCAAGUAGUAAUCCUGACAGCACCAACAUAUUCUACAGUGCUGUACAAUAGAUAAACCAAGACAAACAAUUCAUUCUGACAAAAUACAUUUGACAUAUGGGAACAGUAGGUGAAUCAGGUCCUGCUCAAAAAAGCUUAAUACAAAAAAAUCUGCACAAGGUUACUUAUCAGUAAAGAGAAGUGGUAUAUGAACCACAUCAAUCUUUGAUGCAUUUAUUCAACAUCUUCAGGAGUUCACUUUAGAGUUUGUGGAGUCCCGUGUACUUAUUUUGGUGGGACAAUAUACAAGAGAGGAUAAGCCCUAACAAUUGAACUAACAAGAUAAAUAUGAGCAGCAAACACUUAUUAUAAGGGGUACCCUCUGCAGCUUGAACAAACAGAACUAGAAACAACAAAUACAGGUUGCACCUAAAAUAUGAUAUGUGAAGUCAGGCAAUUGUAUAGAAAAAUCCAAGAAAUACAGUCCACAUCUUUCACUGGUUACUGUCUGUUAUUUCACAGAUGGUUAACCUUAUUGUUUUGGUAGCUUAUAAUUACACAUGAAAAGAGAAGGAAAAAAAGGUGCUGAAAACUCUGAGAGGUUUAACUGUUCUUGAAAAUGUGAGUACGGCUUUUGUUCGAUUUUAUACUAUACACUCAGUAUUACAGAGAGCACUAUCGUAUUUCUUCUUUUUUUGUUAUAUACCGGUAUACAUUCAUGUUUAUGCUGCUGAACAGGCUGUGACAUUCACAUAUCCAUCAUUAGUGAUUGUAUAUCACUGUACUCUGUCAAAUCCAGAGCUGGUUGAAAUCUCUGGCACAUGUGAGUGAACGAUUUGCACAUUCUUUGGUGUCACCCCACCACUGUCACAAAUAUAGAGUGUCCCAACGGACAGAAUAGUAACCCUCCUAUAGGUAAAAAUGCAAUUACCUACACCAGACCUUAGAAUGGCCGGACUGAAAGUAAGAAAAAAGAGAAUAGUCAAAACAGGCCAAAGUCAAAGGGAACCAGUAAACAGCAAAUACAAAAUAUCAGAGCCUAGUUAAGGGAACCAGAAAUCAGAAUAGUCAGGGAAGAAGCCGAGUCAAAACCAGAUAGAUACAAAAACACUCUUGGUACACUAGCAAGCUAGGAACCACAACAGGGCACUGAAACGUUGGUUAAGUGAGCUUUUAUAUGUUUGGGGACGUGAUUAAUGUAGUCACUCCCAAAACGUAAGAGGGCGUUUCUAAAUCCUGCCCGUAGUACUGGCCUUAGUCUGACCAGCACGCAUGCUCCACGUCAUAAAAAGGGGCAUGUGCACAGCGUCCGGACACUAUCAGAUCAGGUAGGAAGGCUGAAGGAGGCGGUCUGCUUGAUCGGGGGAACAGCCAAUCGGCGGACCACCAAGGUAAGUAUAGGAUUCCUUAUACCACCCCCGCAUAUUUUAUUAACAUAAUACACCGUAGGUUUUCCCUUUUUCUGUCUUUUCACGUGUACUUAUGAGAUACCAAAACAAGAAUCACCUGUGAAAUAACAGACAGUGUGAUGGAAUUCCAGUAAAAUAAAAGUUUAGCAGGCCAAGAUUGCCACAAGGCAUAUGUAGGUACAUGUGUUUGUAGUAUCAGUUAGUUAGUUACACGUAGCUAAGAUACUGUCAUCACUGUACUGAGCAUGUGCAGGAAUGCAGGAACUGGAAUUACGCGUCCCUCUCCUUUGUUUCAGAUGAGCCACGUGGUUAGACCGGAUGGAUGAGUUUAGACUCUAUUCAUUGAUUAGGUUAAGGGUAUGUGUGGGCGUAGCUAAUUAUGGGAGGAGCUACAGUGCUAUAUAAGGAAUAUACUCUAUGUAUUCAGUGCUCAGAAUUUUGGAACAGGAGUUCAUCUGAGACCCGAUCGGUAAUGUGAAUAAAGGCCUCUUACUUCCUGAAUACCUGUGUCCAUCUCUCUGUGUUCGGCUUCUGCACGCUUACACGGUUACAACAGUAACAAGUGAAAAAUGUUGGUCUGUAUCUCUUGGACUUUUCUUUCAAUUAUCUUGUUUCACAUAUCAUAAUACACAAGUAUGUCCAGUCUAGGUCCCUACGCUCUGCCGAAGACCUGCGUCUAUCCUCUGUUCGUACUCCCACCUCUGAUGCUCGCAUUCAAGACUUCUCUAGGGCUGUACCAUUCAUGUGGAACUCCCUUCCCUUUUCCGUUAGAAGCUCACCCAGUCUCCAAUUCUUCAAAAAAUCAUUAAAAACUCACUUUUUCCCAAAAGCAUAUCAAUGAAACUGUUUAUGGCUCCAAAAACCCCCAUACUAAGUCUUCAUUGAAUACUAUUCUAUCAAUCUACUUCCCUAAUACUUCCCUUGCCUUUUGUGUCAUUUUACCCCUCUCUAUCAUGUAAGCUCAUUGAGCAGUUCCCUCAACUACUGUUUCUGUGCGUCAAACUUCUCUGGUUACAAUUACAUGUUUGCUAGUCCACACAUUGUAAAGCGCUACGGAAUUUGUUUGGCGCUAUAUAAAUAUAAUAAUAUCCAUGGCACAACCUGUAUUUGUUGUAUGUAUUUAUUUGGGUGUCAUAGCAACCCUCUCUGGAAGUUUUUCAACAGUUAAUAACAUUUAAUAAACACCAUAUUCAAUUCAAGCUUGCAGUGAGACACGUAACAUGUCCAUAGUAAAACAUAUAAAAUUCCCUAUUCAUUUGCAAUUGCCAAUUUGGAUCAAAUUAAAAGACAUUUGCUAUUUGGAGACAUUUACAGGGCUGUGUAAAUAACCAAAAUUAGCUUAAUAAUACUAAGUACUGUUUUCCUUAAUCCCUGUGCAUAAUAGUAAACCUCAAUAAAUAUUCUCUGUCUUAUGUACUAUGUAGUAAACAGCCAUGCGUGAACACAAAAUCCAUUCUCAAUUAAACCUUUGUUCUCCUCUGCUUUAGACUACGUUUCCCGUGACGCUUAGCUUGAGAGCCAGUUGGCUGAGCAUCACGGGAAACGUAGUCCAUACUGCAAGAUACUCUCCCUUGUCCGACACUGUAUAGGGUAAAACAGGCACACUGCUAAUACAGCAAGCCCCGCCUUUCUGGCGACGUCACGGGCAAUAGCUAAGUUUGGCCCUUCCAGGCCACCAUAAAACGGAAGUAGGUGACAUAGCCCCUCCCAGGGUGCAGCGUCACGUGGUUUUCAAGAGCCGCCGGUGAGUGAGACCACGUGACGUCACCUAGCUAUAUAUCGAGAUAAUGAAAUAUAGCUUUAUAUAUUCUAUAGUUACCCUUCUAUACCAAGUAUUGCACUGUGCAUGUACCGAGCGGUUAUAGCCGCAUAGUCCGAACGUUCAGUGUGCCCAUGUGGUUAUUAUGGAAUGCUAUGAAAUCUAUUAUGUUCCCCCUGUGUUUAUUAUACACGCCUAGCUUCGUUACUCAUUGUUUAAUUUUUAGAGUCCGGUAGGAAUGGUCGGAAUGUAUUAAGCUUGGCGCGGUGUUUGAUUACUUUAAGAUGUAUAGUGCUAUAUAAAAUAUAUAUAGAUAGGACGGUGUAAAAAUGUGUUAAAUGUAAAAAUAAAAUCAAUAUUGUGCCUGUAAACGUAUGUACUCUCCAUUAUAUGUAUAUCCAUAGUAGUAGAGCUGCAUGCCUCUUGUUAUCUCUAAUUUGUUGUGUAUCUUAUAUUAAUACAUGCUGUUUUAAAUGGUUACAAAUCUGUUUUGUUUCUUUCUAGAAAUGUCUGAUACUUCUGCCCUGGAGAGCCUCGUAGAAAUGGGUUUCACCCAAAAUAGAGCGUAAUGUGUUUUAUUUCAUUUAUGUAUUUUUUUUGAAAAUCAUUAUUAAUCUACUGUUAACCCAUAACCAGCCCUCACAAUAUCUUUGUAUAACCUGACCUGGUAUUGCAAUUCCUCCUCCUCACAUAUAUCCACCAAAGCUAAUACACUAAGAAUAACUGGGAUAAAAAAUGUCAUUUUGAUAAUAAAUUUAAACUUUGGAUACUCCCUUUUUAAAUCCUUUCCAAUAUAUUUACAACUAGUCAUCUUUAGCAAUACAAGUUAGACACUACCCGCCCCUUCCCCCCCCCUUCAUGAUUCACAUUCCAGUCUUUAUUGUUUUUAAGAGGCCCAUCAUUGUCACCAGGCCCUAGCCAUCUAUCCACAUUACUCACCAUUAAAUGAUGACUAAUGGAAGUGCAUUGGAUAUUAUAUACACGGCAAAAGCAUUUUUCAGAAUUUGUAUUAGUGUAUAUCAAAAUUUAAGUAUUGGUCACAAAUGUAAUGGUAUGUGCUUACUUAGUGUCACUUUUAAAAAGAAAUAUCCACUGAGUUGGUAAAAGGAUGAACAAGUUUGCAUAAAUUAUAUUAAAUAAUUGAACAUUUGUGCUGAAUUGUCUACUAUAUAGCUAUUUGCAUUAAUUUGUUCCACUUUUCCAUGAGAAUAAAAUGCCCUUAGCCUUGCCAUUUUACUCACUCUGGUACUGUGCCUUACAUGGGUACUCCAGAAUUCAUAACAUAUAAUGUAGCAGACCAACGUCAAAGCAGGUAAAGAAUAAAAUGGUCCCACGGUCAGAAAGUCCUGGUGUGUGGAUUCUUCUACCACUUAACCUAUAAAUGCUUCCACGGGGCUGGGUCCACAUGCAGGAGAAAAAUACCAGACUCAAUCUUGUCGGUAAAUGACUGCUUUAUUAAUCACAAAGUAUUGCAUUGGAAGACAAUGUGCAGACGGGUGCAAAUAGGAGGGAGUUGCUAACGUGUUUCGUUUCUUGCAAGGAACUUCCUCAGAGUCCAGUAUUUUUGUCCCACACGUGGACCCUGUUCUGUGGAAGCAUUUAUAUGCUCCAGAAUUUAGGCCUUCCACAAUUUAGCAAUAUAAACAACAAAAACAUUAGUCUGUUUUGAUAACUAAAUUGCAAGUUAAUUAUCUGUUUUACUCAUCAAAUAAUAGCAUUUCAGCACACUGUUCUGCAUUCUAAUGAAUUCACACCUCACUUAUCAUUGUAGCAAGCAUCUAUCACCUUGCUCCUAUCAUAGCAUACCACCUCACACUGGAUUUCUCUGUACUAGUGUUCAUGCUUGCAGAAAACAAUUGCUGCAGGUAACUGUAGUACCUAAUUGAAAAAAAAAAUGUUAACCCAAUGCUGUCAGUUUGCUUCUAGCAAUGCCAGACAUUCAGUAAAAAUAAAGAAAUAAUAAUUAUAGGAACAAAAUGGGACCUAACUAGGUGCAAAAGUGUUUUAAGAUGCCAGCCUUCUCUUAUUACCAUGCACCUGAAUAAAUCAUCUCUCCUUACACUCCUCAAUAUCACCCCUCACCAACCAUGGUAUAUCUUUAUUACACCCGUCAGGAUCACCCCAUAGCUUGCACAGAAUCGUCAUAUCAAAAUUCUUCGUAUACCCUUCACAUCGCAUGCCAUAAUAAUUGAUACGAUGACCUAGCUUUCUCACAUCUUCGCUCUGUUCCCCAGAUGUUUGCCAACAUUUAUCACCCUUUUUAUACCUCCUUUACACAUAUUCCCUCCCUACCUUCAGCAAGGUCCUGGCACUGUUCUAAGCAUUAUCAUGUAAUCUAUGUGUGACCCUUUAUCCUCAUAGAUCUCGUCGAUUACCUAAUAUAGAUAUUUUGCUGAGUUUAACUGUUACGUUUUUUACAGUAAAAAGGCUCUUGCUGCCACUGGGAACCAGGGGAUAGAGUCUGCCAUGGACUGGUAAGAUAAUUUUGUUGCCUUUCCUUUGUGUGCAGUGUGUAAUCUGCCUGCCAAGGUCAACACUGUUAUUUUGACAAUUUCCUUCAGGCUGGUGGAGCAUGAAGACGAUCCUGAUAUCGAAGAAGAAAUAGAAACUAGUGAACCUGUUCCUGAAGAAACUGAAAGUACAGAAAUGACAGAAGACAUGGAUACAAGUGCAGGUUAGAUAUCACCUGACUGGAGAAUGAAUAGGAAUGAUAGUAAGACCAGCACACAUCCAAAUCGAGUAACACUCCUUUACAUAGACGAGUACAUAUAUAACAAAUUUUUGGUCAAAUACAGGUCUUAUCAAAGACGUGAAUUUGGUAGAAAUAUUAAAGGGACACAUUAAAAACCCCAAACAUCUUUAGUUUAAUGAAGCCGUUUUUGUGUAUAGAUCAUGCUCCUACAGUCUCACUGCUCAAGUCUCUGUCAUUUAGGUGUUAAAUCAUUUUGUUUAUGCAGCCCUAGUCACACCUCCUUGCAUGGGACUUACAGAGCCCCCCUACACACUUCCUGUAAAGAGAGAUCUAAUGCACAGUCUGUUUAAUUUAGAAUUUCUUAUGCCCUGCUAGAACCUGUACGUGUGUGAUUAAUGUUCAAUUAACAUGGCAAGAGAUAUAAACAUCUAAUGUAAACACACUUUUCUGUUAGAGCAGAUUGAAAAUGAAACCAUGUUUCUGUGCACCUAGGACUGCAGCAUAAGAAAUAAGUCAUUUAACUUUCAAAUGGAGAAUUGAGCAGUGAAACUGCAAUGGCAUGAUAUACCCAAACUGCUUAAUUGUGCUAAAGUUGUUUUGAUACUUAGGGUAUCCCUUUAAGACUGCUGUACUUGACUCUGUAAAUGAUCACUGUCCGAUUUAGAAAUGUGCUGUACUGAUCCUGACAGAGAACUCUGAGAUAUAUGCACUAUUUAUAUAUUUUAUAUGAGAAGUUUUCACAACUGUUACCUGUAUAUUAUUUUCUCCUACUGCUAGUCCCAUUUAUCUGAUGAAUUAUGCAGCUUUUACACUUAUGUCACCAGUUGAUGUUUUUUUUAAAAUGUCUCUUACAUAUUUUGUUUCUUUUUGGUUGUUCUUUCUUUAUACCUGAUGUAUCUUAAUAAUUACGCUCCUUCCCUUUACACUUGCCUUUAGUUAUAUUUAUUAUACUUUCUUCCUUGUGCUGAAUCUGGACAUAGCCAGUUUGUUCUCCCCAGCCCAUGGUGCCAUCUGUUUGUCCAACUGUGGGGCAGAUUGUGCUUCACAUUGUGGGUAAAUUUGACUGGUAACUGAACCAGAACUUUGUUUUAAGCUGCCCCCACGUUGUCAACUUUUGUUGACUUGGCUGCUAUACAUAGGUGAAAGUAGGCUUAACUUUUCUUUAUGUAUUGUAUGAAAUCUAGAAGACUCAGACAGUUUUUUUUUAUCUAGAAGCAGUUUAGAUGAAGUUUGUUUUUUGUGACAGAAUAGCUUUAAUAUAUCAUGUUAGCAUUUACCCUUCCCUUCUUGUGCAUUUUUAAUUCUGAAGCAUAAGAUAAUAUUUGUCAAAGUACUGUGUGAAAUGUAUGCAUUUUUAAGUGUUUGUAGUGCCUAGAGUUCCUUGGUGCCCUCUCUUCAUUCAAUGCUAUACCAUUUUUAAAUAAUUGAACACUGAAUGAGGGCUCUUUGUCAGCCACAACCCAGGUGCCGGGAGGGGGGGGGGGAGCGGGGAAUGCUUUGUUAACUGUACACCUUCAUAUGAGCAGUGUAAAGCAAAGAUAUGCUGUCUGUUGGUGCUAGGGUUAAUGCUUCUUCACUAGUCCAAGAAACUAGGAGGAGCCACCUCUCAGCUGCCAGAGGCCCUUGCUCACCAUUAAACCACUUAAAAUGUUUUAAUACUAAAUGGUGGGAUGGUGCCAGGGGACAACCGGUACUAUAAGCACUUCAACGAGUUAAAGUGGUAACGGUACCUAGAGUGUCCCUUUAUAAGAAAAAGAACAUUAUAUUGUUAUAUUUAAAAACAAGUCUGUGGGAACCCUAGUUUGUUUUGUUUGUUUUUAUUAAAUAUUUUUAGGUGAUUAGGAAAGCUGGUUGGCUUCAACCAUUGAGAAUCUGAGCCCAACAGCUUUUGGAUCUCUGCUGUAGAUCUCCAGAGUAAUACAUACACCAGGGAAGGGAUAGGUAGCAUGGGGUAUCUAAGUAAAAACAGUAUCCAAUUAUGUGUGUAUGUUUCUCAUCAUUUCUAAAUCUAUAUAUUUAUUUAAAAUGUUUUCUCCAGAGAACUAUUUCUGUCUUUGGUUGUGCUGAUGUUAAUGAAUUGUGUUUGAUUUUGUUCUAUAUAUGUGUUCAUUAAUAAAGGGAGAGCUUUUUUGACUGAAGAGGAAAAAGAAAAGCAGACAAAAAGGUAAGUCUUUCCUAAAUUUUUAAACUCAUCAAGAACUCUGUAAAGGACACUUGCAGACCUGGGAAGAUAAGCACAGUAAAUUCUCUGGAUCAAAAAUGGUGUCUUGGUUAACUAAACUAUACGCUGAUCUCCCUCCCAGAUGGAUGAUCUUUGGCAUUGCAGCUGUUGUGAACUAUAUUUUCUAUAUUCUACUGAAGGAAUCUCAUCAUAACUGUAGUCCACAAAAGCUGUAUUGACGAAGACUAGCCAUCAUUGGUCUAAUGACAAGAGCGUGGAGCUGACGCAGCGGUGAUACCUUUAGAAUCCGAUUUAUAUGAUGUUAAUUCAUGGAAUGGUUGUCUGCAGGAUGAUGGAGCUAAUUGCUCAAAAGCAAAGGGAGCGCGAGGAGCGAGAAAAGAGAGAAAAGAUCGAGCAGGAGAAGCAGAGACGGAAACAGGGACAAGAACUGUCAGCAAUCAGACAAAGGCUACAGGAGCAAGAGAUGCAGAAAUUAGCCGACGAUAGGAGAAAAGAAAAACAGGAGGAAUUAAAAGCCAGGUGAGAAUUUUAUGGAAGUGCCAUGGUGCCUGAAGCAAAAAUAUAUCCAGGCCUCAAAUUUUAAGUCUUGCGCUACUAUACAGGCCUAAAAGUUACUCACCCCUGCAAGCAAGGGUAGGGUACAUGGCAACUCACCAGGGGUGAAAUUUGUCAAUGGCUUUUGGGCGAGUGGAAAUUUUGAGCCCAGAUACAUCUGCAUUAUAAUUAUUGUCUAUUUUACCCGUUCACAAUUAUGUUCUGUGCUUCUUAGCACUCCAAUCAGUGGUCAGUAAUUCAGAUGGAGUUAUUAAUUGCAGCUUAGUCCACUACCACAUUGUUAAUGAGAAAGGACAAGUAAAACCUCAAGUACUAGUGCAGAGCACUGUGUCCAGUUUUCAUUUCACCACAAUUUUAUAUUUAGUGCAUAAAACCAAGUGUGAAAGAUCCCACAAGAAAACAGACUCCUGCUUAACCUCUUCACUGCCAAGCGGUUUGGGAAAAAAACACCACAGUUCCAAAUAUUUGGGGUAUUCUUGAAAGAUAUGUUUAAAUGUAUUUAGUGUAUUUAGAUUCUUUAGUGGGAGCAACAUUGAAAAAAAAGAUUAAUCAAAUACUGAAGUUAUAGAUAAGGAAAUAGUAUUGCAAAUAAUAACAUUCCUGAUUAUGUAUCAUAAACAUGUUUCCCUGCAUUGUCUAUUGUACUCUCACAUAUAUUAUUCUAUAUGUUCUCCUAUUGUGCUUACAUUAAUGUGGGGGUUCCUGUGUGUUUAUGUUUAGUCUCCCCACACACUGCUCCUUGGUGGGCUCUUAUUGUAGUUCUAAACUUCCAGCUGAGUGCAGACCCCUCUCAAUGGGAGGGAACAUCAGCAGCAAUCUGUACCUCUCCUCAGAGUUGUAGAUUUCCUAUGUGAGCAUUGCAGGGCCAGUUAAGGAAAUAUAUAUAUCCCCACCAGUAUGUGCAUCUGCCGGGAGUCUCAGCAGCGCCAGUGCUAUAAUGGCAGUAUUGGCUCAGCUGUAUGAGCAUAAAAAUAUGCUAAUUUUAUUGGCAAAUUUUAAAAUCGUGUAAACACAAUUCCUGGGUAUGAGUGCAUACCCUGGGAAUCGUGUAUGUACAAUUUCCAAAGUGAAUGGGUUAAUAGCUAGCACUAUGGGAUGGUGUUCUCAAGGGAUAUUCUGAAACAAAUUUUGUUUGUACUAUUACAGAUUAAACUGGUCAAUGAGGCCAUACGGCUAAUCUAACAUAUAAGGAAAGUUCAGAAACAAAAUGCCAGGCACACAAGUUCUGGUACUCCCGAUAAGUCUCAAUGAUGAAUUAUGGCUUUUAUUCCUUUUGGAACCGAACCCCACCCUGAAUAAUUCUUUCCACUUUCUUGGCCAUCCUAUACUCUGAGAUAUCAAUACAUUAACUUCUACUUGAGUUCACACUUCACUCUAGAUUAUUACAUAAAAGAAGGGAUUUUGUCACACUUAGGAGAGGGUACUGGUGCUGGUCCGAGAGACCCAUUGCUCAGCAACGGGAAAAGGUAACAUAAGGGGCAGUACAUAUUGAAUAGCAAAAUUCUACCAGAUACAUGGCAUGACAUACACAUUGUGUAGGGUAUACAUUGGGUAUUCUCCCCUUCACCUGCCAGGGUAUAAAAAUUCCAGAGCACAGAUAUACAUUAACACACGAACAUUAUUGACAUAAAGUAAACAUAGCACUACUUCAAGAAACAUUUUCUAUCAAUCUCUUUUUGUUCUGUGAAAUUACAAAAUGUUCUAAUAAAGUGUUUCAAAAAAUAACUUAAUCUAUACCUCCCCUUUUCUGAGUUUCAUAAUGUUUGUGUCUUAAAUGCUUAGUAAAGGUAAAAGCUAAAAUGUGAUAACACACAAGGAAUGUGGAGGAUUUCAAAGAAUAAAUACAUCUGUGGUCAGGUGAAAGUGUAUAGUGGUGGUUAAGUUUAUUAAAUCAAGCAUUUCUACUUACAGGGAGCGUGUUAGAGAGAAAAUUGCACGAGAUAAAGCAGAGCGAGCAAGAAAGGUGAGUUAUAUUACCAGUUAACCUGUUAUUUUCUAAUUGAAAUGCAAGUGGACCUCUGCAUAAUGACAAAGUCUUAAGGGAUAUGUCAAGGAAGAGAUUACAUACUUUCAAAGUGUCUCUUGGAGACUUAGUUCCUAUUUUGGGCCAAAAUCCAUCUGUCCCUCUUUUCUGUCCUAAUGUCCAUCUUUCCUAUGAGCUCCAUAUUGUUAAUGUGUCUGAGUUAAAACAGACCUCCACAUUAAUCAUGCUCACAGUAAGUCUUUAGUGUCUUUAAACUACAAAAAAAUGUGUUACUCAUCAGUCUGUGUAUAUAAAAUACUUUGUUAGUGUUCUACAAUGCAAAGCUUAGAAAACAAGCUACUGAGUUUCUCUAAGCCUUUGCCUGUUCUUGGAGUUCUCAUUUUCUGUCUGUAUUGCAAUUCAUUUGCUUGAGCUCUUCCUAAGCUAAAAGUCUAAUCCAAACAUGGACCCUAUGCUUACUGUGUCAAGAAGGAUACCAGCUACACCCAAAGAAGACUAAAAAGAUUGCCCGGGUAGCUAUAUCUCUUGUGCAGAAAGGACUUGCUGGCAUUUAAGUUCUGGACCGCCCUUAUGGGUUAAUUCAGUCUGAUAUGCAAAUAGUAGAGGUUCUCUUUGUAAUGGCACUAAUGAGCCAAAAACUUUUUUGAGACCUGAGCGGGAACUAACCAAAAGGCAAGCUACUACGUUUCUCUAAAUUUUUUGCCUGUUCUCAGAGGUUCACACUCUGUUUUAGUUGCAUAAAUUGUUAUUAGUAUCUAGAAUAUCCCGGAACAGCCACACCCUCACUCAAACCCCUAAUAUGAAAGUGUUCCUCUUCAUCCAUUUAAAAUGUUGGAAGGUAUGCAAUUACAACAUACUUUCUGAUUACUAGGGGAAGAUUGAUUAACCCUACUUUUAUGCACAUUAGUAGAGAUAUUGCAUGUAAAAAAUAAGUUUCAACAUUGUCGUAUUUUUUUCCUGUUUUUUUAGUUUGGGGGUGCAACGGCUGAACCAGUGUCUCCUCCAGCAGAGACCCCCAUUCCAGCUUCCGCACUGUCACCGUCUUCCCCAACACAAGAACCACCAGUUAAGAAAGAAUAUGAUCAAUGCCGUAUUCAGGUACACAGUAGGGAAAUAGGGCUGUUUACUGUGUUUUACUCCUAUAAGUUGCUUUGCAUUAUGUUGGGAACACCUCACAGAGGGUUAAACAUAUUGUGUGUGUGUGUGUGUGUAUAUAUAUAUAUAUAUAUAUCUCAUUGUAUCUGUAGAGUACAAGAAAGCAAUGUAAUAGGUUAGAAAGCUUCAGCUAAUAGAAAAAGAUGCAAGUAAUAACCUUGAUAGUGGCUGUACAACCAAAUCCAUAUGUGCUUUAAUAAGACCCCAUGUCUUACCUUAGAUGGCUUAUAAUUAUGAUAAACAUUAAGACAUUGGCAAGCAUGGAGCUAGUUAUUUAAAUUGUAUACAUGUGUGUCUUAACACCAAACACGUCAAGGACAAAUUCUUGCUAAUGAAAUCCUCAUGUACACUAUAAACCAAAAAGAGACAAUCCUAUAGAAUAAUGUUGAAUUAUGUGCAUGUGUUUAUCACAGUAAUUUAGCAGCAUUACAUUUCCUGUUGUUCAAUGACCCAUAUAUUAGUGCACCCGAACAACGGCUAACAUUAGAAGUGCAUGACAAUCCUGUUAAACAAAGAAUUUUAAUACAGUGAGAGAUCUCCAGUGACUUUUCACUGCACAUCAGUGUAUUUAAAUAGAAUUCUUGACUAUGUGCUUUAAAAAAUAUUCUUGUCUUAAUGGGUUACUGCAAGCACCUUGACCACUUCCGCCAGAAGUUAAGUUCUGGGAUUGCUAAGGUCAAUUUCAUGCAUAUUUCCAUGAACAGAUUUGCAUUAAUUGGCUAAGAGCAGUCAGCUGACAAUCUCUGCCAAUAAUGACUAGUGGGAUCGACAUAAGUCUUCUGCAGCUGUGCAGAACCCGGAUGCAUGUCAUAGAGGACUUUCAGUGCCAGAAAGAGAUCCAGCUAAGUGGACAAACCUUUGCAGAAUAGUUUGCCCUGUUACCGAGAAAUGUGGCCAGCAGAAUGUAGUGGUUAUGAUGCAUGGAGUAAAAAAAAAAAAAAAAGAAAAACCUAGAUUAAUCAGCAUCACCAGUUGAAAUCAGAUGAGUUUGAUAUUAAAAGUACUGGAUAGAAGAAUUUUAUGAAUAGUAUUUCAAAGCAUUAGACUUAUUGUUAGAAUCUGAGGAAGUAGCCAAAACUACAAGAGUAGAGUGGGUGAGAUGUAUCAAAGGAGAAUGACUUGAAGGUGAAGGAAAUUGCACUAAUUGUAUACAGGAAGGCAGUGCUACAAUUAAAUGAAACAACUCUGUUGAGGUUACGUCUCCAACCAGGACUUACAUCUUGUAACCUAGGUAUAUGAACUACAAUAUUCAUUAUUCCCAAUGUCACUGCAGAGCCCUGUCAGUAUAAUAUACAAAAGGAACCAAGGACAUUGUUUUUAUUAGACUUUUUGGAUUAUUGUAGCUACAUUGAGAUACACAGUUGCCUGUAUUAUUGUUGAUACUAUUUUUUUAAAAUAUUUUUCUACAUAUUAUUUGUGGCUGCUGUCUUGGUGUAGCAUUGUUAGAUGUCAGUUAUUGUUAGACCUUGUUUUACUUGUUUACAUUACCACAACAGUUGUGGUGUAUGGCUGCCAGUUUAUUUAGCCUCCUGCUUUCCAGGCAAUUAUUUGUGACUAGUUGACACUUAAGAUUAGCCCCUAAUUCAUAUUCAGUGCGCGUGUAAUUCUUAAAAAAUGUACCAAUUCUGUAAUCUAUAAAUAUGCUUUGUACAGAUGUACACAGUGCUUUAAAUAUUUUAUGUUUCCAAAAUGUCAGCCCUAGUGCAUAAGAUCACAUGGUGAUGAUCAGUUUUGUUAUCAAUGCAUUCACGUAUGAAGGUCUAAGUCGGCAGUUCCCAACCUGUGGUAUACAUAACCCUUGAGCUAAGAUCCAAUUUCCCAAGGAGUACGCAAAAGAAAACCCACCAUAAUGGCGGAACCGGGGGCAAACUGAGUAGUCGGGUAUUUUGCAAAUUAUUCAAAGGCCCAGUUGAGGAAAGAGCCCGCCACUCUGGCAGUGACAUAGCGCUUACAUUAAUUUCCAGCAACAGUCCGAAUCCAACGUGAAGUUGCAUCCACUGCAAUCCUCGGCCAGGCGCUGCUGUUCUAGGGGAGGCGUGUCACAUACGGACAUCAACGUGCUCUGCUUGCACAGGGUCAGAUUUACUUUAAGGCAAACAGUGCACUGAAGGAUCCUCUCUGUUUGUCUUAAAGUUAAAUCGCAGACCACUGCGAAUAAAUAAGUGUGGCCAACGCCCAUUAUUGGUUAUUGAUGUUGGAAAUUGCAGCCGGCCACAAGGAGAGCCUGCGGCAGGGGAGCCUGGGCAGAGAAAAAAAAUGAAAAUGGGGCGGAGAAAAACGUAUAAAUUUGAAAUAUAUUAAUUACAAUUUGCUAAUACAAGGAAUACAAUUUGUGUAAAUGGACUGCCAAGGAAUACACAAGUGAAAAAUGGUUGGAAACCACUGCACUAGGUGGAUUUUCUUUCCUGACUUUAAAAAUAAAAAAAAAUCAGUUGUUGACUUAGUCCUUUGAAAAUUGUUUAAUUUACUAAAUACAAAUCAAGUGUUUAGAUUGUUAGUAAAAUAGGGUUUUGCCAGUUCAAAGUCGCCUCCCAGGUGAGAGGCAUCCUUGUUCCAGGGUUGGCUAAUGAUGCCCUAAUGGCAGCAGAAGCGUUAAUCUCCUAAUGUGAUAUGCUGCACAUGCAGACUCCAAGCACCAUGAUCACUUCAAAUCACUGAAGUGGUCAGGGUGAUUGGAGUAACCCCUCUGAACUGCUUACGUGAUCACACAAUUGUAGUCUCCCUAGUAGAUGCCAAUAAAUGAAACAUAAUAGUGGAGUAUUAUACAAAGCCUAUUUCUCAACUUGAACGUAAUAUACAUAUAUUGACAGAUACGUCUUCUGGAUGGCUCAGCCUUGUCUCAGACGUUCCGUGCUCGUGAACAGUUAGCUGCAGUACGGGUAUACGUGGAACUUAAUUGGCCUGGUGGUGCAGGAGAACCUUUUAACCUCCUGACAACUUUCCCACGGAGGGUCUUCACAGAAGAUGACAUGGAGAAGCCUUUGCAGGAACUAGGUAUAUAUGUAUAUUAUUUAUUGCUGUCAAAGAGCUCUCCUAACAAUUCACUGUUUUUCUUCUUUUUUAUAUUAUAUGCUUCAUUUUACAGUAUUGUCUACUUUCUGCAGGUUUGGUGCCUUCAGCUGUGCUGAUUGUUGCAAAAAAAUAA